AUGAAUGAUGAAAUUGAGUGCACAGUGAGAGAUGCCGAGGCUCCAGUGCUUGAGCUGUCAAAGAAAAGAAUGCCCACAGCACCUGAUAACAUUAUUACCGUCCGAGAGCUGGUUAAGGCAAAACAGGAGGAGCGUAAGAAGCCCGUGGGAGACAUGUUUUUACAAAGAAUGGAGGACACACUAAUGAGAUGGAAACCACCUGUAUCGUCGCACCAAGGUGCGACGAUGGCUGUUGAUGGAAUGCAUCCGUUUCAGCUGCCGACGGCCAAAAUUCCCGUGGGCGACAUUGGUGGCUCGGAUUCUUCACGUCAGGCGCCUACUGAAUCGGUUGCAGCAUAUAAUUCUAUCAAUCGGUGGUGGAGGCAACGCAUUGCUAUGCGGCCUAAGAGUAACGACCGUGCGGGGGCAGGUGAUAACAGGGGCGAAGACGAGGAGGAUGACUUCUCGUUCAAUUUUGGUGAGGAUGAGAACAUCAGAACCAAUAGGGCGAUGAACAAUGUGUCUAAUUCAAGAACACCAUAUGGAGUCCCUGCACACCUGGCAUUCUCAGAGACUUCAAAAGAGGAAAGAGAAACUAUUUACCGAAACGAACAGGAGAUUUAUCAACAAUACUACCAGAACCCUGUUCCUGACGAAUAUCUCGCAGUGGCUCACAACGGCGAAACUCACAAUAAGCAGUCAAGUUCGCCCUGGUUUCUAGGUUGGAUUAAGUCCUGCUUUCCCUUAUGUACCGGUAUGUAG